UGUUUUGCUGCCAAAUGUGCUACAAUUGACCAAUGCACCGAAAGACAUCAAAAGUUAUCUUUCAUAAGACUUUGUAUUAAGCUCGGCUUUUACGAUCAGGAUGAGAAAAGUAUCGUAGACAGAUGGCUCGUACUUUCGACAAGCACAAAAGUUCGUCUGAUCGCUGACGACUUUAAGCGAAUCCUCCAGGCGAAGCAGAAUGAUUGGAUACGCAGAACAGUCUGUCCACCCGCUACUACUACUACCCAAAAUGAAACUCUGUUAGAUAGUUUGCAUCAUGACGAGAAUUCCAGGGAAGGUGGCUACCUACUAUGA